AUGUGCCGGGCUCUUCGACAAUCAGGCAAGACGGGCACGAUUUUCGCCUCACGCAACGCAGGUCCUCCCACUCCGCAGCCUUCGCCGCAACAGCAGGCCCGAGGGGGUCCUUUUCGUCAAAUACUUUCCGUCCAGAGUCCGGCGACCGUCCAGAGCGGUUCGCUCUGGCGGGACCCAUGUAUUGGAGACACGCUGGCAGGCAACUAUCGAGUAGGGGACUACAAUGUCGACUACUCUCCCCAGGGAUCGCAUCCAGGCGAACAGAACCAGUCGCAACACGCUUACGAUACUCACCACCAUCAUCGGGGGAAUCAACUUCAUCAUCCGUCAUCCGGUGGCUUACACGAGCCACCGCAGUCGCAUUCGCAUCACACGAUGUCGCAGCAUCAUACCCCUCACCACCAUCAGAUCCUGAUGGAUCCGUCGCAUAUGGGAGGUCUGCCAGGAGCCAGACACAUGGGACAUCCGGGACCUUCACAUUAUGGCGCUCCUGGAGCAUCGCAUGGCGUCCCUUUGUACCCGUCCCUGACACCUACGCAGCCGCAUAGUGCCGGAACGAAGCGCAGUCGACCAGACGACCUAGAUCUCUCACUUCCUGGCAUGCCUGACCUGGACCAAGGGGAUUUGGAGUCCAUGCAGCAGACACCGCUGGGCGCUGCGUAUGCUCAAGCUUCCAGCGCACCCCCAACACAUCAUCACCAUCGCCUCCCUGACCAAGGCCCGCCGACGAAGAUGAUGAGGCGCGACGGGGAAGGAAGCUUGCCUGCGAGUGGAGGAGGGGCACCGAGCGUGGUCGGCCAAGUUGGAAUGCCGCAGCCCGCCGCCAGACCAAGGGGGCCGAAGCUCAAGUUCACACCCGAAGAUGAUCAGUUGCUGAUCGAUCUGAAGGAGAACAAGAACUUGACUUGGAAGCAGAUCGCUGAUUUCUUCCCCGGGCGGUCUUCUGGGACGUUGCAGGUCCGUUAUUGCACAAAGCUAAAAGCAAAGACGACGCAGUGGACAGACGAAACGGAUCAAAAACUACGAGCCGCAUUGGCCGACUACGAAAGCGAGAAGUGGCGCAUCGUGGCUAACAAAAUGGGGACUGGAUUUACUCCGGUGGCAUGUCGCGAAAGAAUCCAACAACUCGAAGGGGGCACUGAUGAAGAAGAGAAUCUAUCGCAAUCAGCGUCUCCGACGGCAGUUUCAGGUCCCGGGUCAUCAGACACUAUCUAUCCUCAGCACCUGGGUUUAGGAGGCUCCCAGAUACCACCUACACACCAGCAAUACCGGCACGACGACAACAGCGAUGUGCCACAGUCAAAUUACCACACAUCGGCCUGA